CAACGAGAGAGGGUAGAGGGGGGUAUCUGGCUGCAUUGAUAUUGUGCAUAUGUAAUUUUCCGCUAUAUAAUUUAAGAACAUUCCCCGUUGAAUGAACUACUAAAAUAAACACAUCUCUCUGCUUAUUACCAGCAAAACAAUGGAUACUAUGUGAAUAAAUUACACAAAUUCGUACACAUUUAGUAGAAAGAGUUUCCAAUAACCUAGUGAUUAUUUUGUCUCACUUGGUCAAUUGGUUAUUGAAGCUUUCCAGCGUGGUCUGAAUAAAUACGACGGAUCGCAAUCAAAAUGCGGGUUCCAACGCUAUUCGCGCACAGUGAUAAUAAAAUUAAAACAUUCGUAUUAAUUUGCAUGAUAUUCAGUUUGAGGUCGACUGAAGCCAUUUCCGUGGAGCAGGAUGAACCUCGCAUUGUCGUAAAACAAGAAGAGUCCAGCGAAGCCAUCCAGACGAUUGAAACGGUUGGAAAUUUGAUUACCAACAUAUUCAAAGGAAUCGCAGAAAUUCCAGCGACUUCUAUAAACGCCGUGCUGAAACCAUUUCUUCCACAAAAAGCCGAGACGACUAGUACGCCUGCGCCAGGAAUAAAACAGUCAACAACGACGCCUAAAAAUUCGAAUGCAUCUGCAUCAACGACAACAAAUGAAACAGGGACUCAAACCGAAGAACAAGAAGAUGUUGAAGGCGAGGAGGAAGAGGAAGGUGACACGGAUUCAGAUUCUUGAUUUGUAAAAAAGUAAAAUUGUGGAAAAAUAAAUAAACUUUAUAAGUUCGUUA